CAUUCAUCCAUUCUCCCCUCCCCUGCCCCACACACACACAGAGCCGAGCAAAGAAAUGAACGAACGGCACAGAGUGGCACCGCCACAACGGGGAGCGCCCUGUCGUUUCGCUCGCAGAUCUGCUUGACUUUCAUACAUUCGCAGGUGACUUGCUCGGCGCACGGAGCAACGGAGUGCAGUGAAAGAAUCAGAGAAACAGAGAGAGAAAAAAGUGAACCAUAACAAACAAAACAAAAAAAAUCCCACAUCCACCCACCCACAGCCCUACUGGGGGGUGCCGCACGAGCGGGCUUGAGAGGUAGGGGCGCGCGCGCGCUCGAAAUUUCGCUGUCACCGCGGGGCCCCCGCACGAGGUGGGGAGUCAGAUCUUUGGUGGCGCGAUUCGAUUGUGCGCCAUUUGUGCGCUGGCCAGCAGCAGCAGCAGCAAACGUAAGACACAGUGAACACCCCUGCCCCACGAUCAAACCGCUCAAACGGGCGAAGUGUGCGCCCGCGAGACGAAGCGAAAAGCAAAUAGAAAUCGAACCGUCCCGGGCGGUAAGCGGGGGUCGGGAGCACCCAAAAACAACAACAACAAAAAGGAGAACAAUAAUAAUAACAACAACAACGAGUUACUUCCGUGCUGCCGAAUUUCGAAGCAACAAACACAAACAUGUUGGCGUAGGUGGGGGGAGUCAUUUUCGAUAAAUUACAACAACAACAGCAACAACAAAAAAGCGUAAUUGUUUACAACGUGCAAUUUCUGCGGACUCGGCGCAAAUCAGCGGCUUUUGUGCGGCGUACUAAUAAGUCGUUGGGUGGUCGAAGGAGGGGAGGGAUUGGGUAUUGUUUGUCUACAAAAAGCAGCAGUAGCCAGCAACAGAAUGAAGGUGUUACGGGAGAAGAUAUCGAAAAUGGCUGGAGGAGUGCAGCAAGCCAUCGUGUGGUUUAAAGCCGGCGGCAUCGUCAGCCCGAUGCUGCUCAUCUACGUACUUCACAUGCUCUGGCCCGAGUUUCGUCCGUUCAGCAUACUGUUUGUGAUUGCGAUCGGGUUCCUGUGGGACCGGCCGGCCGGCCAGCAAGUGGUGGCCCCCUCCGCAACCGCCGGCUCGCCGCUGGCCGAGCUCGCGGCGAAGGUGUGGGCGCUGCGCACGACCCGCCCGCUCAGCAUGGUGGCGGGCAGUGUGGCCGGCUGCCUCACCUACACCUACCUGGUGUGCUACGUGCUGCCCCUGUGGCUGUCGUUGGGCGUCGCCGGGCUGGUCGUGUGCUGGGAUCGGUUCGGCGUGCCCGGUGGUCCGCUCAGCAUUGCGCCGAGUUUGCACGAUACGCUGCAGCAGGAGCAGCAGGAAAUGGACGAGUUUGUGCCGGAGCUGACGGAGGUGAGCCGCGUGCUGCUGCAGGAGGUCGGUGAGCAGGGCGCGGACACGACACCGCUCGCCGACGGGUUCGCCGCAGCGGCCGGUGGCCGCGGGAACAGCGCGGAGGAGGACGAGGAGCAGUACCUGCGGACGCUCAUCCCGGAGGCGACCAGCAACGAUUUCGAGUCGGCCGAGCUGAGCGGCUCCAGCAGCGACGAGCUGUUCUGCCCCGAGGGCCCGGCGGUGCGGAAGGCGGGUCGGGCGCACGGCCGGCCGGGCGAGCAGCAGCCGAUCGAGUUCAAGAGCAGCCACUUUAACGCGAACAGCUCGUCCGACUCGGACGACAACAUGUCGCGGGGGCUCAACUUUAACGACGACGAGGACGACGCGGACGGCGCGUCCCGGCGACCGGCGGCCAAAGGGAGCAGCAGCAGCAGCAGCAGCAGGCAGCAGCCGACUGGUGAGGCGAUGCUGAUGAUGAGCGCCACCAGCCUGGCCAGCAACGUGCUGGUCGACACGGUGUACCGGCGUCUGCUGGACGCGGGCGCCCUGCACCAGCAGCAGCAGCCAUCGCCGCACCAUAGUAUUCUUCAGUCGGUUGCCUCGCUCGGCAGCACGAUACAGGCGCUCCGGGGGCAGACGGUGCAGGAGGAGGGCACCGAUGACGAAUCGACCGACGCGGACGAGGACAGUGAGUUUGAAAUGCUCAACUCGGAGGAGCUGAACAACUUAUGAGCACGUGGUGGCGCUUCCGAGGAUUGUUAGAAGACAUGUUAGGGAGAGAAGAAAAGAGAGAUAGAGAGAGAGAGAGAGAGAGAGAAAGAAGAAGAGAAAGCGAGAGCGAUCGAGAGAGAGAUAGUAAGGAUUGCGGUGUGGAAAUGUAAUUUCUCCGCCGCUGUUUGUCUGUUUUUGGUUUGACACGGCUAAUCCCCGUUUUAAUUGUAUAACAAUCCCCCAAAACUCCCCAAUCCAACCCAGUUGCCAUCUCUUCUCCCCGUUCCGAGGGCUCCUCGCCUCCCUCCCCCGAACCGGGUGGUGCCUCGAUGUGUUUUUUUUUUGUUCUGUGUUAUUUACGUUUUUAUCGUUGUAAUAAUUAUUCUUAUGUUAAUCAAUGCUAGCUGCUAGGUGCCCCGUAUUGACGUGGUGUUAUGUACUCUACCCACAUAUCUUACCACGUAUCCUUUAAAACCCCCCUUAGCUCCAUUUAAAAUUAAUUUGUGUCACAGCAAUUAAAACAAAAACAAAAACUACAUCGAAUGUAGCGUGCCAGAACGUUUGAGCCUAAGCCCGCCCACCCCUCCGGUGGCCGGUUGCAGGCUGGCCAACAUGCAAACGCAACCAAUUGAAGAUAUUAUUUGCAGUCGUCGUGAAAGGAUGAAAUCUUUUCAAAUUUACUUAUCGUUACCAGUAAAAAACAACAACAAAAACAUACUUAUUGCAUAUCUUGUGGGAAUGUUUGGUUUUGCUUAACAACAACAAAAAGAAGAGGAAACAUUGUUCGAUGAAAGCGUUAGGAGGACAGCCCGAAAAGCUUGUGUGUGGUUUUUUUUGUGUUCCUCCCCGUUCUAGUCUUACUUGAGCUAAGCGUAAGUGGGACGUGGUAGAUGGAUCUAUCUAACCCCUCACCCCGUCGCCCAGUAGGAAAGGAACAAAAAAAAAGAGGAUGGCAAGCGUGGAAUGUCGGGGCCAGGCGAUGGAAUGUAUGAAAUGUGAUAAUAAUUACAUCAGCGCAGUAACAAACUUCUCCAGGCGGAAGUGCUAAUAAAUGUUAAACCCCCUAACUCCCCCUCCCAGUGUAAUGUUUACCGACCGUGUUGUGGUACAAGAUAGCAAGAUUGAGUAUUUUGUGUGUGCGUGUGUGUGUGUGUAUUUCCCUAUGUAGUUCCUAGUAUACCGGUACCGUUCGUACCCAAAAAUUCGAAGGAAAUAAAUUAUUCUGCGUAAAACGUGA